AUGGGAUUCAAAUUACCCUUUCGGUACAAUGAUCCACACUUCCAGAUCUUCUUGGUUGGCUUCAUCUGUUUCUGCUGCCCAGGAAUGUUCAAUGCCCUAAACGGUAUCGGUGGUGGUGGAAGAUCUUCUACAGACGCUGCUAACAACGCCAAUACUGCUCUAUCUGUUACCUUUACUGUCUGCUCUCUUAUUGGUGCACCAGCUUAUAAUAUCUUUGGAAACCGCAUCAUCAUUCCAGCUGCCUUGGCUUAUGUACUCUACGUUGGAUCCUAUCUCUCGACCAGUGACGAGUUCACCAUUGCCACAGGUGCAAUCCUUGGUAUUGGCGCUGGUUUCUUAUGGACUGCUCAGGCAGGUAUCAUGAUGUCUUACCCUGCCGAAGAAGACAAGGGAAAGGCAUUCUCCAUGUUCUGGAUGAUUUUUAACUUGGGUGCCACUCUUGGUGCCGCAAUUCCACUCGGUAACGACUGGAGCAACGCAAAGGGCACAGUCAACAACUCGACCUACAUUGCAUUCAUGGUUGUCAUGGCAUUCGGUGCCUCGAUGGCCAUUGCACUUUUGCCUGCAAGCAAGGUUAUCCGCAAAGAUGGCACAGCUGUAUCCUCACACAAGUUCUCUAACUGGCGCCGUGAAGCCAUUGAGGUCUUCAAACUCUUCAAGGACUGGCGCAUGCUGAUUCUGAUUCCUUUGUUUGCUGGCUCCAACUGGUUCUACACAUACCAAUUCCAGGUCUACAACGGCGGUGGAUACUUUAACCUUCGUGCCCGUGGUCUGAACAAUUUGCUCUACUGGCUCUUCCAGAUCAUCGGUGGUGGCUUCUUUGGAUGGCUCCUCGAUCAGGGUUUCCUUGGUGACCGUCGCCGCCGUGCUUACAUCGGAAACACCAUCGUAUUCGUUGUUUUGGUUGCUCUCUGGACUGGCUGUAUCUUCAUUCAAAGACGCUUCGACCGCGACUCGGUGCACGCCCCUGGAUUCCAGGAGAUGGAUGUAUAUGACUCUGGCUAUGCUGGCAUGGCCAUCGAAUACGCCUUCUUUGGUCUGGCCGAUGCCAUCUACCAGGGUUUCAUCUACUGGCUUCUCGGCACAAUGACCAAUGACAGCGAACGCUGUGCUCGCUAUGGUGGAUUUUACAAAACUAUUCAGAACGCUGCCAAUGCCAUUGCCUCUCAGGUAGACGCAACCAAAACCCCUUACGAUGUCGAACUCUACGUCGUAUUUGCUUUGAACGGCGUUGGCCUUCUGCUGUCCUAUGUUGUCUGCGCUACCGUAACAACAGUGACAGUCGAGGAGAUCGAUAAUCUCGCAGACGGCCACAAUGCCGAGGUGUCUGUGGGUGGAAAGAUUCAGACCAUUGAAGAUGGAAGCUCAGCCGAGAAUACUCUUUCUGUAAAACUCGAUGAAAAGCAUUAA